AUGGAGAAGCACAUCGAACUACAGAGGUUCAACCAUGAGCCUCUGCGGCCGAGGGGCCGGGGCUCCAUUUCGGAAGGCAAAGGCCAGCAGUUCGAUCACGACAGAUAUGAAUUGGCGAAAGUGGGAAAGAAGCAGGUGUUGAAGGUAGGCGCUGUUUUGACAAUAUUUUUGCUCGGUCUGACCAUGGUAGCGUCGCUUCGGACUGGUGUCUAUGACCGCGGCGGACCUGCUGGCCUCAUCUACGGCUUCAUUCUGAUUUGGCUGGGUAACUUCUCCGUCUUCAUCUGUAUCGGUGAGCUUGCGAGCGCCGUUCCGACUGCUGGUGGCCAGUAUCACUGGGUCUCUUUACUGGCGCCGCGCUCAAACAGGAAGUUCUUCAGUUACGUGACUGGUUGGCUCACCGUCAUUGGCUGGAUCGCAGCUCUUACUUCCGUAUGCUACUUUGUAGCCGACUUGAUCCUGCAGUUGGUCAGUCUGAACGAUCUCGAGGGCACAUAUGUCCGCGAAGGCUGGCACGGUACACUUCUCCUCUGGGGUAUACUGCUCUUGUGUGUCUUCAUCAACGUCUUUAUAAGCGGAGCGCUUCCCACGAUCGAAGUCGUCGUCCUCAUCGUCCACAUCCUUGGCUUCUUUGGUAUUCUGGUGCCGCUGAUCUACUUGCCAUCGAGCCACAAUUCGGCCAAGAAGAUCUUCACGAUGUUUCACAAUGAAGGAAGGUGGAGCACGGAGGCUCUGGCCUUCUUUGUGGGACUACAGGGCAAUGCUUUGGCAUUCGUCGGAACAGACUCAGUCGUCCAUAUGUCUGAAGAGGUCAAAAAUGCCAGCACCGACGUUCCACGUUCAAUGCUUCUCAGUCUCGUCAUCAACGGCACAUUGGCAUUAGGAAUGCUCUUCGCCGUUCUCUUCAGCGCCCACGAUAUCACAAAGCUACUCAAGGACCAAGAAGCGACAACCGCGCCUUUCCUGCGCAUCUUCACACAGGCUGUCGGUUCCGAGGCCGGUGCUACAGUCAUGGUUGCAAUCAUCGUCCUACUCGAAUUCUGCAGUGCAAUGGGGUGCCUUGCAGCUGCAUCGCGCAUGACAUGGUCGUUCGCCCGAGACCGCGGCCUUCCUUUCUCUCGCGCUCUCAGUAUGAUCGAUAAACGCAGCACCAUCCCCGUCGUCUCCAUCCUCGUCGUAACCGUCUUCGCCGCCCUUCUCGCCCUCAUCAACAUCGGCAACAGCGCCGCCUUCAACGGCACAAUCUCCCUCGUCCUAGAAGGCUUCUACCUCUCCUACCUCCUCGCCAUCGGCUUGCUCCUCUGGCGCCGCGUCCGCGGCGACCUAGACAACCCGGACUCAUCGCUCACAAUCUUCAACGAAGCACAAGUGGACGAAGCCUACGAUCGCACUCUGACCUGGGGCCCUUGGCGUCUCAAGGGCGCGUGGGGCGUUGCCAACAAUGUCGUUGCUAUCUGUUACCUUAUUCUCAUCAUCUUCUUUAGCUUCUGGCCUAGUCAGCCCCAUCCGGAUCUAGUAAAUAUGAAUUGGGCGGGUGUGGUAACUGGGGCAGUGGCGGCGUUUAGUGUGGCGUACUACUUGCUGUUUGCGAAGAAGUCGUAUACUGGGCCAAUUGUUGAGGUAGAUCCUCAUGUGUUGUGA